CUGAAGCUCCUUGUCUUGCAUCUGGGCAGGUCCAUCCAAAGCCCCACGUCGGAUUCCCAGGGCCUCGCACCCCGCGCCCGACGCGCCAACCCCGAAUGUGGUCUAGGGCGGGGUCCUAUAUCCAUUCGGCCAUUGGAUGAGUGACGUCCCCCCCCCUCUCAUCAGUCUUGCUACCUAGUAUCCUAAGCUUCUGCCGAAGGUACCGCGGUAUCUCACCUUUACCACCACCAGAAAGGCACGCGACUUUCGUUGGAAGGUACCUGGGAGGCACUACUCAGUAAGUACACACCCUGAAAGGUACGUACCGCUGUCUCAAACCUUUCCACCGCCUUCCCUCUCAGCUGGCGCAUCCAGUGAGGCAAGUGCAACUGUGCAAGGCGACCUUUUCGACGCCUUCCUUACAAAGCCGCGGACUCUAUCUAAAGAUUCGCUGAACAAGUUCCAACCUGCCCUCAGCCUUGUCUCGCUUACCUAUCUCACCGAUUCAUCAAGCCACCGGCGUCCAAAUCUCCGGGCUUUCGUCUCCCAAGAGCCACGAGGCUAGUCAUCCCGUCUUUGCACAUCAGCCGCAGUUUUCUCCAGUGACACGCGAGCGAGACGCCGCAUACCACCUUCGGACGCCAUCAGACAACCCUCCCGAAACGCAACCGUCACAACCAUCGUCGCGAUGUCGCUGUGCCAGAACAGACUCCAGGAAGAGAGGAAGCAAUGGCGCAAAGACCACCCCUUUGGCUUCUUCGCUAAGCCCCAGCGUAAUGCCGCGACGGGCACGCUCGAUCUCAAGGUCUGGGAAUGUGGUAUUCCGGGCAAGGAGAAGACCAUUUGGGAGGGCGGCUUGUUCAAGCUGACAAUCACAUUCCCUGAGGAGUACCCGACGAAGCCUCCCAAGUGCAAAUUCGUCCCUCCCCUGUUCCACCCCAAUGUCUACCCCUCCGGCACCGUUUGCCUGUCGAUCCUGAACGAGGAAGAGGCGUGGAAGCCCGCGAUCACGGUGAAGCAGAUCCUGCUCGGCAUCCAGAACCUGCUCGACGAUCCUAACCCUGAGUCGCCAGCCCAAGCUGAGGCGUAUAGUUUGUUCAAGAAGGAUAAGGCGGAAUACGAGAAGCGCAUCAAGCGUGUCGUGAGGGAGAACCCGGCGCCCUAGAUGGCGGGGGCAUUCACGGGGUAAAUAGAGUUAGGCGAUGACAACGUCGUGCCCGUAGGCAUGGCUUCGGAGUUACGGGGAAUACCAUACGGUCUGCUUCUCUGCUUUCGGGCUGGUCGAUGAUGCUGCCAUGAGGGGUUUUGGGGCGGACAAGAACAAACAGACAGGCAGGGAAACAGGUCUAGACGUCGAACUGCUACGAUUGGAUUCUCUGCGCAGACGUUUUUUUUUGGCCUUCGUGACAAGAAUGACGCGGACAAAAGUCGGCCUCUGGGUGACAGUAGUUGCGGCGAUUUACUUGAUGACUCUUCUGGCGGUGGACCACGCUCCGCUAAUC